UGUGUACAGAUUUACAAAAAGAAAUAACGGUAAGAUCAGAUAAUGUAAGUACAUAAUCCCCUUUGAAAGAAUUGUCAGCUCCAUAAUUGAUUGCACCAUAGUACCGUCUUUUUACGAUAACCUGACGUACGUGCUUUCUAUGAACGUCGUUCAGAGAUUCUCAGAAUCGAUCAGAUUUAGCGUAAGAACGGGGCAUGUCAUACAUGAAAGGUGUUUGAGGCGGUAAAUUCGAGCCUGCGUUUGUGCGGUGAUACGGCAUUUAUAGAAGGAGCGCACGCCCGGUGUUCCUUCGAAAACCUUGGAGGACCCGAAGCAUCACACUCGCUUUCCGAGUAGCACGCUCCACGGACGUCCGAACAAAUACUCACGUUUUCCACAUUUCUCUUCGGCUUUCUCUGUCGAUAUUUAUUCCAUUCGAACGCGGUAUUUACUCCAUUCGAAGCAACGACACAUUAUAAACUCGGUUUACUCGUCGAAUUAACGCGACUGAAAGUGAUCAUGCUCAGUGGUUAACAGGUGAUCGUAAACUUGCAUCGCAUCGUAAAACUGCAUUGGAAAGUGCGUUACGAGAUCUCGGUUUAAAAUUAUAAAAUUAUCCGGUGUCAUUCACUCGACAAAUCAUGGCCAGAAAGAGCAGGGAAACCGGAGGGGUAGUGUUUCCGAUACGGUACCUGAUGGCGAUCAUGGGUUCUAUCGGUCUCGCUAUCAUCUAUGGAUUCAAAGUCAACGUAAGCGUAGCAAUUGUUGCAAUGGUGAAUCAUACUGCCGUUAAAUUAUCCUCCACGUUGCAUCAACUUGAAUCUAAUACGACUGCAAUUGUGGAAGAAUGUCAGCUCGAUGAUACUUCUAACACAAUAAAGAUUGUUAACGAGGAUGGACCUUUCAUAUGGAACGAACCUUUGCAAGGUCUCAUUCUGUCUUCAUAUUUCUGGGGAUACAUGGCAUCCCUGCUUCCGGGUGGUAGAAUGGCAGAAUUAUUGUCAGCAAAAUGGGUGAUGAACGGAUCGGUGCUCCUAAACGUUGUAGCCUCCAUAUUAUCACCUGUUGCGGCGGAACUUCAUUACUCUCUUUUCAUCGUAAUGAGAGUUAUCCAGGGAAUCGGUGGGGGUGUAACUUUCCCUGCCAUGCAUGUUAUGAUCGCUAAGUGGGCGCCGUCUAAUGAAAGAAGUAUUCUUGCUUCCAUUGUUUAUGCAGGAACUGCACUUGGUACCGUGAUAUCUAUCCUCUUAACCGGGAUACUAGCGGCGAAUAUGGAAUGGAAAUGGAUAUUCUACAUCGAAGGAUUGCUUUGUUUAAUUUGGUGCACAGCUUGGUGGAUAAUGAUCGCAGACAGUCCCGAAGAACAGACUAGAUUUAUUAGUCAGGAAGAGAAGGAUUACAUUCUGGAGUCUUUGGGUCAUCAAGGAAACAAUGGCGAACAAAAGGAGAAAUUAGCAGUGCCAUGGGGUGAGGUGUUGCGAUCUAAACCAUUCAUGGCAAUCUUAAUCGCCCAUUUCUGCAGUAAUUUUGGGUGGUACAUGUUGCUCAUUGAAUUACCCACCUUCAUGAAUCAAAUAUUGAAGUUCGAUAUGAGCUCGAAUGCUGGUCUCUCUUCCAUGCCAUUCUUAUGUAUGUGGUUUUUCACUAUGAUCCUCAGCAAGACAUUAGCUGUUGUACAAGAUAAAGGUUUGAUCACGGUGACGACGUCACGAAAAAUUGCAACGAUGCUCUCAUCUGUCGUCCCCAUGAUUUGUUUGAUAGGAGUAUCUUAUGUUGGAUGCAGUAGAACCUUAGCUGUUGCAUUGAUGACCAUUGGAGUAACUUGCAUUGGUGGAAUGUAUAGUGGAUUCUUAUCCAAUCACAUUGACAUUGCUCCAAAUUUCGCUGGAACCCUCGUUGCCAUCACUAAUUGUGUUGCUACUAUACCUGGAUUUGUGGUACCGAUAUUUGUAGGGAAAUUGACACAUGGAAACCAAACUAUAGGAGCAUGGAGAAUUAUAUUCUUCACAACGGUCGUUUUAUACAUUGUCGAGGUAGUAGUUUAUACUAUUUUUGGAAGCGGCGAAGAACAACCGUGGAAUAAAGCCAAAGUAGCUGACGAAGAGACGAGCGAUCAAACAUUGCCGCUGAAAGAAGAUAUUAAGAAAUAAAGUCUAUCUUAAUGCAUAAUACUCAUUCUAAUUAGUUUCUUGUACAUACAGUAGAAUUAUAUUAUUAUUAAUUUUAACUUCUUUCAACUUAUAUGUUACUUGACGAAAAAUAAGUUUCUCAUAAAAAUUUCAUUUACAUUUCAUGUUAUUUAUUAUAAUGAUAAUAAAAAUAAGUACAAAUAAUUAUAGA